UUUGAAAAAAGUUUUUAUGUCCCAAUCUGGCAACCCUGACCUCCACGCUUCUGUGCGGUUUGCCGGCGAUUGAAGUGAACAGAAAAAGUUAUUUGUUGUGAAACAUCUCCACUGUACGACUCCCGCCAUGUCGCUCCCACGACAGCUGCGAGACGAAAGUGAUUUUGAGCAGCUGCCUCACAAUGUCCCAAUCAGCGCCACCAUCGCAGAUGUUGAUGAGACCAAGGGCUUCAUAGUCUACUUUCGCUUUGUGAUCGAGGUGAAGACUAAAGGAGGCAGCAAGUACCUGAUCUAUCGCAGAUACCGCGAGUUCUAUACCUUGCAUCAGAACCUGGAGCAGAAGUUCUCCCCUGAGUCUGCGUCAGGACCCUACACUGUUACACUGCCCACUCUACCAGGGAAAGUGUACGUGGGCAACAAACAGGAAAUAGCAGAAAACAGGAUUCCAGAGCUCAACACAUACAUGAAGAAGUUGCUGUGUUUGCCUACCUGGGUUCUGUUGGAUGAUUUGAUCCGGAUGUUUUUCUAUCAGACCGAAUACGACAGCAUUCAGGUCCCCAAAGCUCUCCGGCGCCUCCGGCCCCCGACACGCAAAGUAAAAACCGAGAAACAGCCCAAGACAGACCUGCUCUCUUCCCCCAGAGCUGAGGCCUUGUUCGAUUUCAAUGGGAACGGGCGCCUGGAGCUGAGCCUGAAGACCGGCGACGUGAUCUUUCUCCUGCGCAAAGUCAACGCCGACUGGCUAGAGGGUACGGUUAAAGACAGGAUCGGCAUUUUCCCCGAAUCGUUCGUAAAGAUCAUUAAGCCUCUACCUGAGAGUGAUUCUGAUGACGAGGGCGGAGCUACAAAGAAAAAAGGUGGUCCGGGAUCCUACAGCUGCCUGCACUGCUGCAUGCUGCACCCCAGUGGUGUGGAUGAAAGGGACGUGUGUGUAGAAGAAGACCUCUCCAUCCAGCCAUCAUACUCCGACCUUCUUGCACGCAUGAGGGAUGUGUUCCAGAUUAAGGACAUUGCACUAAACUACCGUGACCCUGAAGGAGACCUUGUGCGUAUCCUGGACGACGAGGACGUGGCCCUCAUGGUCCAGCAGAGCAAACACCCCGGAUCAGUGGUCAAGAGACCCGUCAACCAGUAUCCAUGGGAACUUUGUGUCACGCAUUCCAACAAUCUGUCUGUGUACAACACCGAGUACUGAAAUGCACGUGUGUGUGUGUGUGUGUGUGUGUGUGUGUGUGUGUGUGAGUGUGGAUGCCCACUUUCAGUGCCUUUCCCAUGCAGUAUUUACCCAGUAGUAGUAUUUCUUUUGCCACAGAUUAUGUGCACACACGUUUAUUGUGCAGAAAAAGACCAAAUUUCGCAAAUAUGCUUCAUAAAUUUUACUUCUAUGGAUAAAAUUAAUAUAUAAAUUACUCCAUUCAAAUGUAAACAUAUAUAAUGAUAAUAAAUAGUUCCUAAUAAAUAAAUUCAUGUCAGUGUUUAUUAAUGCAACACUUUAUGGGAUGUACAUAUAAACCUACACUACAUGGACAAAAGUAUUGCGACACCUGACUUUUCCACCCAUAGGUGAUUCUUCUCCAAACUGUUCCCACAAAGCUGGAGGCACACAUUUGUGUAGAACGUCUUUGGAUGCGAGAGCAUGACAUUUUCCCUUCACUGGGACUAGGAGACCUAAAUGUGUUCCAGCAUGACAAUGCUCUUAUGCACAAAGCUGGCUCCAUGAUGAUCUGCUUCACAUGGGGAUAUUGGAGUGGAAGAUUUCCUGCUAUAGCCUCCUCACUCAGCAACACUACAUCCUUUAGAAGAGUCGAGGUUAUUCUAGCAUCUAAUGGGGACUAAAUGUGGAAUGAGAUGUUCAAAAAGCACAUACCAAUCUUAGGGUCAGGUGUCCACCACUUUUGGCCAUUUUCUGUGUGCAUGCAUAUAAUAUAUAUAUAUAUAUAUGUAUGUAUAUGUAUGUAGGAUUCAGAAUUGCUGAAGAAUUGUAUCAAACGAUUAUAAAUGGCUGCAUUGCUUUUCAGACCAAAUAAAACAUCCUAAGAAGUCCAGGAAACUCUCUGAUCAGAGACAGAACUGAGUCACAAGUUUGAGGGCUCAGAAGCACAGCAGAAUGUUGCCUUGAUAAAGAAUUACAACCACUCAGGACUCUUCUUAAACCUCAGGAGGUGACCCGAGACCCCGAUGACCCCACGAGAGAAUGUUCUAGAAGGCAAGACUUAGAGUGGAUAGAUGGAAGACACUUGUGUAAAAGGCAUAUAAAGAUAUAUAUGUAGACAAACAGUGAUCAUUUGUACAGUAAAGCACAGUGGUGUGAG